AUGAAUCAGGCUCGACUGAUGAACUUGAUUAGAAGCGUAAAGACCCAUGUUUGUGCGGGAUCACUGCAGAAGAGCGUUUACAGAGGGCUUUUGAGGAGGCAGUGGCUUCGUCGCUCGAGCAGCGCCGCUUCCGAGCAACCGCCUGCGUCGACAACGGCCUCCACAGCGACUCCGAGUCGUUCAACCGUGAAGCCUACCACACGGAAUCACCGUCUCUCGCUAUGGUACGUCGCGCUUGUGGUGCCAUCCCUGACUUUGGGUGGUGUGCUCGUCGCGCUGGACUUGAACGAUGCGUUUCGAGCACGGGCAGAGCGGCUCCUGCCGGGAACGACGCGCUGGCUCAGCCAGCUUACCGGGAAACCGUAUGGUCAAUCAAGCGAGAAAGAUAGGAUUCACAAAGCGACGGUCCAGCGUUCCCGGCUGCUUCACGCGGCUGCUACGCAGCUGGACAACGAGUUGCGUCUCGAGGAGGCACCGCCAACGGACAAGUCGUUCAUAGGUCACGAGUCAACCGAUAGUAUACGAGCAGACGCAGAAACUGCUGCGACGCAGAUCGCCUCGCAUGAGAAAGACAUGUUGAACAUCUCCGCUUCGGCUGGUUUCGAAGAAGCACAAUCUUCUGAAUCAGCUGAACUCCAGGGAGCUGCAGAUGAGGGAUCUGCUACAUCUUCAGCGCAUGCCUCCACGACGCAGCAGAUGACUGCAGCCGAGUCGAGCGAGCACGAGGAGGCUUCACCGGUCAGCACAAAGCAAGCAAGCGCUUUGACAUCGACGAGCACCACGUUAAGCGCGUCCACAGAAGCAGAGGCAACUGCGCAGCAUGCCCCAGACACAUCCGAGUUGUCCGCGUCGCGGGAACAUAUCCUUCCAACUGCCGUGGAAAUGCAAGCGCUUGUCGAGCAACUUAGUGUGCUAGUUUUGGCAGAAGCCCUACGUGUACGGGAACUUGUGAAACCCCUAGAGUCGCAGUCUAAGUCCGGGUUACUUGGCGGACGCGGAGCGAAUCCGGUGGAGCAACGACGUCAGCUGGCUUUAAUGCUCAUGAAAGAGGAAACCGCUCUCCAGCAGGACCUGGAACGGGCCCUGCGGCGUCUGGAAAAGCACCUACGGCAAGCGCUGGAGCCCCAAAUCCUUGCCCAACUGCGUCCGCAGUUCGAGAAGGCCUGGAGCGACCACGAGGCUCUGCUGCGGCAGCAGAUGCAAGAUGAGCUCGAUACACAACGAUUGGCACUGCAGCGUGAGCAGGUCGAUCGACUUUUAGAGUUGCAAAUGUUGAUGGAGCGCGUGGAGGCUCGAGCGCUCCGCGACCGCCUCUACAAACAGUAUGCACACUGGGCGCAACGGACUGCGCUGUUGUGGCAGGCUCUCGCUGUGCGGCUCACGCGGGGAGAGCCAUUUUUCGCUGAACUUUCGGCUAUGCAACAAGCCUGGCGCUCAUUAGCAACCUCCAAAGAAAACCCUGAAAGUUCGCUCGAUACUUGGCAACAGUCCGCCGCCUUGGUUGAGUGCGUGCUCUCGGGUUUGGCCCCUGCCAUUGCGAUGCAGGGUAUACCACCAGCGAGCGCUCUCCAGGAACGUUUCCUCAAUCACGUCUUUCCGGAGAGCCGAGUCGCAGCGCUCAUGCCGGCCAAUCGAGGGGUCUGGGGUUACUGGCUGGCAAGAAUAGCUGCCUGGUUGAAGACCAAUCGACUUGAAGAGAACCUUGACCAAGUCAGCGUCAUCCAGAUUCUGGACGCCGAAGACGCAAGAGCGGAAGAGCAAACAAAGCCAGGCACAGGUUUGGCGCUAACGAUGGAGCAGCGGCUGCUGUGGGCUCGCCGUUGCGUGGAACGCGGUGAUCUUCGGCACGCGCUCCAGCACCUUCAGCAGAUUCCUGCAGACUCACUGGUCUCGCGAAUCUGUAAGGAUUGGAUGACGCAAGUUGAGCGAUAUCUUGUGACCGAACAGGCAGUCCGGAUUAUUCGCGCGGAGUCUACGAGCGUUACCGCAGCUUUGUGUUAG